AUGGCUCAUGACCGUGUGGCCUCUGAGACGACUCGUGCAGGUCCUUCGUUGCUCGUAGCGCGCAAUUUACUGCCUUCAACCACUCGCAUUAAUGCCAGUCUUUCAAGUGUCAUAAGCUCAUCAGUGUCUUCUUCUUCGGUAUCUACAAUAGGUGAAAAAAGUGCUGGUAAUGUUACAAGAAGACGUGAUCAAAAAUACGUCGGGGACGAUCGAGUAGCGACUGCUACAGCCACGUCAUCGUCGACAAUGUCUACGACGUCAUCAAUUGACAAUAUUUCUUAUGGUACAGAGAUAUUAACAGGACAAAAGGAUGCAAAACAUUCACGUCAUCAUCAUACACAUCACAGUCAGCUUCACCAUGAUCAGAAAAGUGCAAGACAGCGAGGAAUCUCAUCUCCACAUCAUCAUAGUCACAGUCACAGUCAGCAUCGACGACGACAAAUACGAGAUGGACGUGAGCUAAGAGCUACAGAUAAUGCAUUACCAGAGCUUGGAGUAGUCAGUACUGACAUUGGACCCGAGAAGUUUGUGUCCAAGGUUUUUGCCACCUCUCAUACAGAAAAGGAAGGCCCUGAUUCGAUUUCAAAGUCAAUGCCUGCAUCACAGGAAAAUGAUUCGUCUUCGUCAUCGGGUGGGCUAGGAAGUGACAAGGAGGAGACGGUGGGAAAUUUGGAAUAUUUGAGACAGCAGCAAAUAGCUAUGAAACCUUCUCGGAUGGUUGUGAAACGACGUGCUACAGCACCAGAUAACAGUAAAACUUCUUAUCGAACGUUAUUGGAGCCAACGCCGGUUGAAAAGCGAGACAAUGCUUACAGUCUGCGCACCGGUUCUAACAGUCCGCGGUUUGCAACCACCAGCAGUUCUGGAGGGACGCCAAACAGUUUAGAAAGAUGGCAGAUUCGAUUAAUGAGGUCAGCAUCGGGAAACUCUAGCAGCACAGAUGACGAAUGCCAUGGACGGGACCAAUCAUCCUCACAUCGGCUAUACAGCAAUCAUCGCAGUUGCCAACUAAUGGAGAGUCCGCCACCGCCUAGCCAAGUUAAGGUCACUAGCCGGAGAUGCGGAAGUGACUCACCUAUAUUGAGCCAGAACAAAACGCGAGCUCGCAGCUCGUCUCGUGGUUUGAAGCAUUCUGCAUCACCAGAGGUCAGUAGUGAGUUACUAGUGCCACCGCCUCCUUUAUCGCUAUCUGCCGACGUACAAGGCCUAUCUACACCUCGUUCGUUGGCACGUAAGAUUCCGCAUUUCAACGACAAUGCAGAGUGCAAUGAUGAUGCUACCGCGAAGCCACGUCCUGUUCGCAUUCGCUAUGAGACUCCAGAACGCGGCAUGGGUGGCAAACGAGAAAUCUCUCAUGCAUCACUUGGCAAGCUUAUUGCUCGUCUUACAGAUGCUCAUCAGUUCGACACGGAGUUUCGUGACGUUUUUUUUUUGACGUAUCGUUCAUUUUGCUCGCCAUAUGAUUUCAUUAAGAAACUUUUGAAGCGCUACACGGCUGUAUUAUCACUUUGUGCAGGCGUUGAUGCGGAGACCAUUGAAAAAACGCAGCGUUUGCUGGACCAAAUUACGCUAGAGGAGGAGAGUGAGCAGCGUGCAUCGAACGUUACAUCUAUUUCGACGGCAAGAUCUGAUAUUAACACAGGAAUGGAAGCUACCGUGUCCAUCAUGAGGCUACUGAGUGUUCUCAAAUUUUGGAUCAAGGAAAGUGGUUUUAUUGAUCAGGAUCUUGCGAACGAUAGGAAGGCGCAGAAGAAACUGACGAAUUUUCUUAGUGAGAUUCAAAACACGUCGCCCAUUCCAUCCAUACGCCGACACGCGGAGAAUUUGCUGCUUACAGUCGCUCAGCUAUUGUCGUCACUAAAGCAGCAAGCUCAAGCCCAGGCUCAAGUCCAAGCGCAAGCUCAGGCAACAACGCAAUCUCACAAGGGUUCUGCUCUUAUGACUUCAGCUUUGACGCUGCCUGAUAAAUCAUUUUCGAGGCCUGGAGGUGAUAUUGUUCACGAUUCCCAUAGCGCAGUAUCACAAGCAGCUGUACACCAACUCAGUAGUGACCGAGGGCCAUCACAUUCCCGUACGCGAAUACAUACUGCAACCAAACUAGCCUUGGCACGAUCGUCUUCGGACCCAAAACGAGAGAAAUCUAUGGUGAAACUUCGGACAAAAAACUCAAGCGGUGACAUAUUUCAGCUGAGAAGUCGGUGUGUUCCUGCUGGGGCAGACGACCAAACUGUAACAGCAGUCGCGACGAAAGAUCGGAUGCUGCGUAAUGGAUCUCAGCAUCAGAUUCUAAGUGCCGCUGCUGUGGCACCAAAAAUCGCACGUGGCAUUACAACAGGUAGCGCUGAGGCAGUAAUCAAAGCAAACUCGAACGGCAGUGGCGUAGACGGCUUUGACGAGAUCAUUCAGGAUACGUUGCAACGCGCCAGGCUUACGGCAGCGUCACGUAAAAACGCACGCAUUAGUUACGACAAUGUGGAGCCUUUGUCAGGACUGGUUGCACAAGAGAUGGCCGAUCAGCUAACGCUGAUGGAGGCAGAUCAAUAUUUUUCGAAGUUGGAUCCUCGUGAAUUGACAAAUAAAGCAUGGACACGUGAAAACAAACAUCGCGAUGCUCCCCACGUGAUGGCAUUGAUUGAACUUUUCGAUGCGACAGCAGAAUGGGUUUCGAGCGAGAUUCUACACCCGCAAUUGCAGGCCGUUGAGCGCGCUAAGAUGAUUACACUUUUUAUCGAUGCAGCCGAUAAUUGCUACCAGAUGAACAAUUUUAACACGCUGUUUGAGAUCACUACUGGACUUUCAGCGCCAUGUAUUCGGCAACUCAAUACGACGUGGAGUUUGGUUACUGCGGCUGUUCAGGAAAAGUAUCAAUGCCUUCAGCAAGUAUGUUCGCCUGAUGACAAUUACCGCUGUUAUCGCCAAGCGUUUGCUCUGACCGAAGGUCAGCCAAGGCUUGCCUGUUGGUUUAUCUUAGUGAAAGAUUUGUUUACGUACGAGGAAGCCAUGAAGACGAUGGAGGAUGGCCUUGUGAAUUGGCAAAAGUUCCGGAAGAUUUACCGUGUUAUCAGCGAGGCUCUAGACCGACAGAAUUUCGACUAUGUUCCUGCUAGCUCCAACGGGUGUGGUGUUUCUAGAAAAGGCCGAGGCAUUUUGAAGCACGACAGAAAGAUGCAGAUUCACAUCCGGCAUCGUGUUGACACCAUCCGCCAAAACAGCUCUGUGCUGUAUCAGCUAGCACGAAAUGCUAAUACGCAAGAGAGCAUUUUGUUUGUGAACAGUCUAUCCGAAGCAGGAUUUCUGUAA